AUGGAUGCCAUCGUCGAGGAGAAAUGUCAAGUGGACCCUCUGGCCCCGUCUCCUGACCCGCAAACUGGCAUUGCAUCUUCGGUAGGCGUCACUAACAACCAGCCCCAUCUGGUGACAGCGACUAACAUUGUACAUCUGACCCUACCGUCCCAUACUCAAGCACAGGUACAAAGCGUGAUUCAACCCAACCAACAGUCCGUCAUACAGACAGCCACAAAUUUACAGCCCAUGUUGAGUAAAGGAAAUGUCAUAUUGGUCAGCAGUAAGCCGAAUUCCGUCAUACAAACGACACAAGGAAAUUUGCAAACUUUGAGAGUGGUGGAAGCGGGCGACAGCGACAGUUUCUCAGAGGAAGAGUCUCCGAAAAAGCGCAGGGAUUUGUUGACGCGACGGCCGUCGUACAGGAAGAUUUUAAACGAUCUUGGCGGGGGUGAGAUAGCUGAGGCAAAAAUCGAGCAGACUUCGUCAGACGCAGAGAGUGAGUUGUCGUCUCACUCUAUCCCAUACCACACAGUGUUACCGGCCACCGCCUUACAGAUAACCAGCGGCGAAGGGGGUCAAGGGAUACAAACUUUGACGAUGACUAACGCGACGGCGGGCGGUGCCAUCGUGCAAUAUGCUCAAGGACAGGAAUUCUUCGUACCCGUGGUGGCGCAGAGCGGCAGCAUCUCGGGUAGCGGCGGCGAGGACCAAGCGCGCAAGCGCGAAAUGCGACUGCUCAAAAAUCGAGAAGCGGCGCGCGAAUGCCGACGGAAAAAGAAAGAGUACAUCAAAUGCUUAGAGAAUCGGGUGGCCGUGCUCGAGAACCAAAACAAAGCGCUCAUCGACGAGCUGAAAUCGCUCAAAGAGCUCUACUGCCAGCAGAAGAACGAAUGA